AUGAUGUUUUCCAUGGGGAAAUGCUCUGAUCGUAGUCGAUCGGGUACGGAGACGGAGGCCGGCUUGGUGAAGACCUCUUUGCCUUCUGAUGAGGUAGCUUCAGCGGUGGCUGCUGUGUCUGACGAGAUAGGAGAUAUCUUGAAGGAUGAACUUGGCGAUGCUGAUAGGGCGGAUCGCAUCGGGGCUGAGCUGGCUGACCUCAGUGCUGAGUUAGGCCUCCUCGCUGGACUCGCAGAUGAACCUCAACAGGAUUUUCCCUCUCUCUUCGAAAUCGCUAUCGGUCACCGGGUGUCCGGCAGCGGUUCUUCCUCGUCCUCCUGGUCGGGCGCGAGAGGGGGGAGGUCCCGUAGACCCCCGCGCCCUCAGAGGGCACAGCGUAGACGUCCCAUCGCUAAGGGGAAAGAGGUGUCUCGCCGUCGUUCCGCAGUGGCGCGUCGCGUAGCCAGCAUGCGCACGCGCACGUGCGAGAUACUGUCUGACGCGUCGGAUGUCGGCGCUGAUUCCGACUCUGACGACCAGUGGACGGAGUUGGAUGAUCAUUCUGGCAGCACAGACAGUUCUUCCAGCAAGGAUGUCGGCUUAGAUAUCGACUGUCCCACAUAUCACCAUAAGGGAUCGCAAGUGGAACCACCAGCGAUGGGGCAGUACCUCCUGCCGCUCCUCAGCGCCGACCCAGCACCAGACCCUGAACACUUCCUCAUCCGGCACGAAGAUAUACUGCAGUUGCUAGCGUCCGCUGAAGACAAUGUGAGGGAUGAAAUGGCCUUAGAGGAUGACGCGGCUUUGGACUCUGCGCCCGAUGUGCUUAGCAAUGAAAUGUUUAAAUUCGAAGAGCCUGUCGUGACGGCGGAAGACGAAGCUGCGUUAUUACAUUAUGUGUGUGACCCACAAAAUGCGGAGGGUUUAGCUGUACUAGAUAGCACAGAGAGGGAGAGAGCAGAGAGAGAAGGCUUCACCCCGGUGGCGGAGUGGCUCCUGGGCAUGUACCACUCGUGGUGCGAGUACAGCGCGCUCAUGUAUACACUCAUCGGUGCUAACAUGAGCUACGAAAUGGUCAAGUCGGAGUGGUCGUACCGCGCGCGUUUCGGCUGCUAUUGCCGCCUGUGCCUCACGCUGGCGGACGGCGUCGACGCGCUGGGAUGGUUCCUGAAGGAGUUACUCGCUGCACUUGCACGGGAUAGCAACACAGUGUCGAUAGGCGCUAACAUCGUCCGCGCUUUACACCUGUCCCCCGGCAGCGAGUUGACUCCCACCGAGUGGGACAUCGGAAGGUUGCAGCGGCUGAAAGUGUGUGACGAUGGUGCGUCCAUUAUUCACGAGCAUUUCAACAGACUGGCGCAACAAAACGAUAUAUCCUACCAAAUAGUGCACAGUAUAUGCCUCUGUAAAGUAUAUGAAAGGCCGUUUGAGAAACAGUAUGCAAUGGAGAGACUGUGUAAGCUUCUGGAAAAUUUUAAGACUGCUUCGUCUAUAACUUUUAAGGUGGAGGUGGUCCCCAGCCCGGGGGGUGUCGCAGGUGUGGAGGGUGCGGGGGGAGUGGGAGGGGCGGGGGGUGCGUGGGGGGAGGCGGCUCGCGCGUUCCUGGCGCGGCGGCUGGCUCCCCACCAACGGCGCUCCACGCGGGAGCGCCUCGCGCACUUGGCGGCUCGGACUGCGACCCGGGAUUUAAGCGCGUGGUCGGGAUACAGACACCGCUGCGACUGCCUCACGCCCAGGACUCUGUGCGCGCAACAAACGAAACAAUUGCUUAGAAUCCCUUUCUUCAAUAUGAUGCAAGCUGUGAAUGAAUUUAAUGGGAGUAAGGACGCCUCGGAAAAGCCCGCUUUAGAUAUGAAAGCUGACAGCUCCAGCAGAGAAUUGCAGCAAGGAGAUGGAACGGGGGCCAAACCACCGGACUCCUUCGAAGAUAUGCUGUCCUUAGCCAAAUCGACUUCACCCUUAGACCUCAGUGACUCCAAUUUCAGUGCUGACUUUGAUGACAUAACAGACUCGGAGGGCAAUUCCUCAUCAUUGGACUCUGCAUCAGAACUGCUCCUGGCUGCCGCUGCCGUGGUCCAUGGGGAGAGGGAUGGGGAGGAGGUGGACCAGGACAUGGACCAGGACAUGGAGGACAUAGAGGACAUUGGCGACGGUGAGACGGACGGCGAGGGUAGUCGGCUCAGUCGGUCCGUUCGAGAGCUCAUGCGGUCCAUAGCGGCGAUAGAGCGGUUGAUGGACCGUGUGUUGCGGCAUUGUGACCGGUGGACCGAUCGGGAGGCAAGGAAACGCGUGCACCUCGGGUUGACGGAAGUGGACCGCAAGUUGAUGGCGAUGUACCGACGCCUGCCCGCCGUGCACCGCCGACAGCUGCAGGUCUACCGCAGGCAGAAACGCCUGUCCACGGUUCGUCGCAAAGUGAUGCAUAUGCGGGAUCAACAGCUGUACUACCAUCGUUUGCGCAUGUGGUUAGAAGAUCAACUCCAACAUGAGAGAGAGAGCGUACCAGACACCAAUGUAACUCUAAUCGAAGACCUCCCUAAACGCAAACGACGCACGCUCAGCCCAAAACUCCCUAAAAUAUCGUCCGCACCAAAAAGAAAGCUCAAACCUCCUCAACUCCCACAAUCUAUAAGCAAACCCCAUAAACUACUCCAAAUGCUCAAAAGUAAAGUCCUGAGAACCCCGUAUAAAGAAAUAGAUGAAAGUGUCAAGACGGAAGUUGAUCCGCCAGAAGCGUUUUCACUAGAAAAAGACAAUAUUAGCGACACAGAAACAAUAGUGGGGGAAGUUGAUGGGGAUUUGUGUAAAGAUAUGAAGGAGUGUUUGGCGAAAUUUGCAACUUUUGCGCUAAGUAGUCCUGAGAAUGUCGAAAUAGAGAAAUAUCCAGACUCAGUUAGUCCGCCAUUACAAGAAAUGUCCCCAACAACGUCUGAACCGCCCAUUUUUACGCAGAAAUCCCAGAGGAUAUUGGCAGUGAACAAAAUUUUCAAUAAAGAUGAUAAAUCUAUUGAUUUCAAGUCUCAAAUAGCAGAUCUAAAUGUCCCCUUAAAUGCUCGAGCUCCGAAGGAAGAGAAGGUUGAAAAUGAUGAGAAGGAUCCGGAUGUGUAUAAAUAUAUAAUUUUUGGUUUAAAAAUAAAAAAGGCCAUGGAAGAAUGUCAGAAUAUGAUCAAUUCGUACAAUAAAGAAGAUAAAACGGAAACGGACGAGCCGCCAUCUUUAGAGCAAAUAGUGGAAGUUAUGAUGACGUUAGAUAAAAAUUCCGCGGAGUUUUUAGAGAAAAUGGACGCCGAUGAUCCUAUAGAUAUGAAUAUAGCUAUAACGAAAUUGACCGAGUUAGUAGAAAAUAUGCCGCAAACGUUAGCCAAUAUGCCGGAAAUUGCGUCGAAAUUGUCGGAAUUUGCCAACGCUAGCUUCGAACUGUUUCCGGAAUUCGCCUCCAUUAUGAAUAGUCUGCCGGAUGUGAAUAGCGAAGCUCAAUUGACACCGGAAACGCUAAAACAAAUUCGUGAAUUAAAUUUGUCUAAACGCGAUAAUGUAAAAGUAACAAAACAUACAGCCAAACGCAAAAUUAGUCGUAGAACAAAAAAUAGUGAAGAUACCGCCAUAUUUGAGUUUGAAGGCAAAGAUUUGACAGUUUUGCUAAAAGAUGAAAAAGAAGUAAAGAGUCUAAUGAAAAGUAACAAUAAAAACGAAUUUAAAGACUUUUUAUUUACAACAUCAGCUCAAGUAGUCAUAAACAAAGUGUUCGAAUAUCUGAAACAAAAUAAGAGUCCGGAGUUAAGUAAAUUUUUGGAAGAGGUCAAUGAACUUUUCUAUUUGCAAAGGACCAGUUGGAAUUCCGAAAUGUAUUCGAAAGCGCGACUGUUCGAGAAAUCGGUGAAGGACACGUUAAGUAUGGACGAAUUGAGAGAGUUAGUAAAAACAAGAUGUAACUCGUGGAAACAUAACGUGGCUUCAAAAUUAAAAAGUAUUCCCAUAGAUAUAUUAGAAAGCGAGAUUCAAGCGACUUUAGACAAAUUCUACUCCCAUAUUCAAUAUAUGGCGUCGCAACAAAAUGGCGGUGAAACAGAUAAAAUAUUAGAAAAAAUCGAUGAAUUGACAAAACGUGAGGAUGAUACGGUGUUAGAUAGAGAAAUGUUCAAGCAAGUAACAAAAGCGCUAGGCAUGUCUGUUGGCAACGCUCUAGAUGCGUUUAUAAUGAAACGAUCAAAAAUGUCGGAAAAUCCAAUAAAAUAUAAUAAAUUAAAAUUACUUAAAUUUCGAUAUAUAGACGUGACGAUGCGAUGUGCGGAAUCACAACAGCUUGUUAAUUGGAUUCUACAAGAUCCGGAAACUGCCACUAAUGCGAUACAAGAGUUGACUCGUUUAGAGGUCAGGAAAAUAGAUAACGCGCCAGAUUUCUCAACUUUGUCCAAUGAGAGGAAGAAGGAGUACUUUUUGAUAAAAGUUAAAGAGAUGAACAGACAGUAUAUGCAGACUUUGCCAAAAUCUGGACUAACUUGUGACGAAUGGCUAAUAAUGUUGUAUAGGCUCGAGCAAUUAGAAGAUACAGUAAGAGAAGCGUUAACAAAACUUGUAUAUCAAACUAAAUCGGUGCAAACUCAAAACGCGAGCGAAGCGGAAAUUUUAGCGGGAAAAGGCUUAAGUAAGAUCAUAGGUAAAGCGAACGUUAGAGUAGUGAAGAAGACGAAUUCGGAACCGCCCAAAAAGAAAGAGAUAGAAGUAGAAGAAGAUAAAAAGUCGAAACAUGAUGCGUUGUUAGCGAAAUGUGAAGCCAUUUUGACGUCCAAAGGCGAAAAGACUUUAUUAGAUAGCUUUUACACAAUCAAAUCGUACAUAACUCAAGGUUUGCCGGUUCCAGAUACGUAUAAGAAACACGUUAUAUCAAUUUGCUCGAGUAUAGACGCGAAGUUAUUAGACGAAGACAUUGAAGAAACUCUAAAACUCAAAUCUGAGGAAAUGGACGAAAAUUCCGACAAUAAAACUCCAUUGUCCGUUAUAGGAUCCCAAAAUCCCGAACUUUUAGCCAAAUAUUCCGCUCAAGCGUUGCGGAAUGCGAAGCAAACGUUAAACGCAGUAGCUUUUCGUAACAUGACAAGGAACGGACAAACUAAAUCGGAAAGUGAUGUAUGCGAUACCCCAAAAACUAACUGCAAAUGGACGAGCGAUUGUGUGUGUGACUCAUGCAAAGACUCGGACGUGUCUUCCGUGUGUUUAGGAGAUAUAGUGAAACAGUGUUACGAUGAAAAGAAGAAUGUUUUAGAAGAUAAGAAGAAGGAGGUGAAGAAAGUGGUGCAGAAACCCAAGCAAGUGCAGAAGGCGUGUGAGAAUGCGAAUCAUCAACAGCAUGUGUGUAAAGUGGGUCACGGCGGCGGCUGCGCCGGCGACGGCGCCACCGACCAGCCCUGCAACUGCUGUUACUGCACUGUGUUUGGUCACGCGCCUCCACUAACUACCCCCGUGCCUAGAAACUUCAAUGAAACGCGCGAGCGUUUAAGGUCUAUAUUAAACAAGAAGAAGCAGAAAUGUAAAGCUAAUGGUGAAUCCGAGUCUCCGGUGGAGCGCUCUCCGCCACUGCCAGUGACGCCGGUGCCGCCUGCGCUACCAAAAACCCUCCCACCCAACUUAACCACGCAAGCGCAACAAAAGAGACAAGCGAUGGAGAGGGAGAGAGAGAACCAACAGAAGCAACUAGCAGAUAAGAUGGCCAAGAUGGCCGUCACAGAGAAACCGGAACCGCCUAAGGUGGUACAACGUUCGGUUCCCGUGCAAGGCACUCCGCCAGUACUCAAAGCGGAAGGGAAAGUGAACGCGAGUGCUAUGGAGCAGAUACGUUUACAGCAACUAAAACAACAACAGCAAGCGCAACUCCAACAUCAAAUGCAACAGCAGCAACAACAGCAGCAGCAGCAGCAGCAAGUGCAACAAACACAACAAAAGAAACCGGAGCCGAUAUACGACCUGCCGAUACAUAACAAGCCCACGCUCACCCCCCAACAACAACAACAGAUACGGCAGCAACAGCAACAACGACACGACGCGUUCCUCAGACAACACCAACUACAGCUACAACAGCAGCAACUCCAACAGCAACAGCUACAACAACAACAGAUGCAGCUACAACAACAGCAGCAGCAGCAACAAAUACAACAACAGCAGCAGCAGCAACAAAUACAACAGCAACAGCAACGACAAAGCAGACAACAGAACGCCGUGUCGCUUUCAAGUAGAGAUACGAGCGUGUUUUCAACAAGUUCGGGAUGUUCUGGGGGUUCGUGCUGGCGAGGUCGCGGGCGCGGGCGCGGCGCGGACCCCCGCGACCUGGACGCGCUGCUGCAGUACAUCGAGGGCCCGGCGCGACACGUCGACCGCGGCAAGAAGCGUGCUAAGAAGCUGAGACAGCGAGCGAAGAGGACGGAGUCCCGGCUGGUGUUGCAGCUGGCGCAGCUGCGGCACGAGGCAGCGGCGGCGCGCACCACGCACGCCGCGCUGCACGCCGCGCACGCCGCCGCCGCGCGCGACCUGCGCCACGCCGCGCGCGCUCGCGUGCAGCCCGACGCUAGGAAGAAGGGUAAAAAGCAAAAAUUGACUCCGGCACAGCAGGCAAAAAUGCAACAGAUGGCAGAACAGCUGUCCGACUGCACAUCCUUAGUGAAUACAACUGCCAAGGAACUCCAGAUAGCCGAGCGUCGAGUGACCGAGUGUACAAGGAGGUUGCAGGAGUGCGAGAGGGAGUUGGCUGAAGCUAGGGCGUUACAGGGCAAGGCAGGGGAGGUGCAGAUGGAACAACAACCGCCCAAGCAAUAUGAACAGAAGGUCAAUGAUGUGAAGGAAAAGGAAAAGAACAAAGUGAUGCAUGUGUCUCUCAACACACCGAACCCACAAUCCUCAAUGCCUGUACCUACCAACAUGUCUCACAUCUCCGGGUCUAAUAUGGCUGUACUGAAUAUGAAUGAACAAAACCAAAACGCACAGAAACAGACGGACAGUCAAAAGAAGCAAACAUGGGAGCAGGCCAUCGCUCACAUAAACCAGUUAGCUAAAGGAUCUGCAAAGGAGAAGAAGAAACAAAAAGAGCCCCAACAACAACAACAAACGCAACAAAAACAGGAGUUGCUGCGGAAAGAGAAGCAGAAUGAGAAGCAAAAUGAGAAAACUCAACCUGAAGUGCAGCUUUCGAAGAAGCAAAGGAAGUUGUUAGCGAAACAACAGGCAGAAGAAGAAGAAAAAAAGAAACAGCAGCAACAAGAAGCGAAAAGUAAAAAGGAGAAAAAAGCAGAGCCGCUUAAAGUAGAAAAUACAAAGAAAGAUAAAAAGGAAACAAAGAAAGAAGACGCGAAAAAGAAGAAGGAAGAAAAGAAAGAGCUUAAAGCAGACGAGAAGAAGGGUAAAGAGAAUAAACAAGAGAAGAAUGCAACACAAACAACAAAAGUCAAAAAUCAACAGCAACAACAACAACAAACGCAAAACAACAAAAAAGAGAAGAAGAAAGACACACAGAACAACAAGCCGCAAGUCAUUAAUAUCACUCCUGAUACUACAAUAGAGGUGCUCAGUAAAAAGGGUCCAUGUAACGCAGAGCCGGAAAAGCCAGCUUCAUGCAGCAUCAUGGAGCAGCUCAGUAGCGGUGUGCAGGUAGCAGACCUGAAACUACCCCCCGGGAUAACGUUGACGAGAGUUCAGCCGAGCGAGAAGAAAGAACCGCCUACCAUCAAAUCUGUUGGAAAAUUCCAUAGGACCUGUGUAAAAGGACUAUUGGCUGACAUGAAGGCGGGCAAGAACCGUUUAUUUUGCAACAACUGCGAGGGAUGUUCUACUGUUGAUGAUUCUGAAGGAGAUGAACAGGAAACAGAGGGACAUGGUAUUGAAAAGAUCCUUAAAGACAUUCGAAAUAAAGUCAGUGCAAUUCCAAGCCUCCAAAAGCAAUUGAAUUCUAUAACGGACAGCAUGAGUGUACUGUCGGAAAAGUAUGACACUUUAAUGGCGGAACAUGAAGAAUCGAAGAAAAAAAAUUCG